AUGAAUCCUUUGGACGAAGCGUGUAGAGAACACGGCAUUGCUUACCACAACUACAAAGAAGGUGAGGCACGCGAAAGGGCAGACGAAGCGCUCACCAAGGCCGCGUGGGAGCGGGUCAAAUCCAGAGACGCGAGUUUCGGUGAAAGAGCUGCCGCGCUCGGUGUGGCGGGUGAGAUGAAAUUGAAAUUCCAAAUAGGAGGGCGUGUGAAAAAUAAAACAACGGCUUCGAGAAUAGUGAGAAGAAGAAAAGUAGACGACGAAACAAAUACCAAAAGAUCCAACAUCGAUUUGAAGACGCUUCGUGCGCUCGAGAAAGCGAAAAAGAGCUUGCGCGGAAAGACACCGCGUCCUCCUCCCCCUUCCCCACCACCCGCUCCCCCUCGACCCGAAACGGUGGAAGAAAGGUUGAAAACGGAGGUGGAGAAGGCUCGCGAAAAUAUUCGCAACAGAAUGAACAUCUUGCAAGAAAGCGAGACGCUGCGCAAUCGUUUACUCGAUACUUAUCUCACAGCAUCCGUCUCGACAGCGCUUACGCAAAGAGAGAAAAAAAAGAAAAUACCGAUUUCCCUUGAACCUUCCACACACCUUCCCAUCAAAUCGGAAACAAAAGAAGAUGUAGAAGAAGCUGAAGAUGAUGGCGAUGUCUUCCAUCCCUCCUUCGAAACUCUCCCAGACUCCGGAGAAGAAAGCGAUGUUAGGACGCAACAUUAUGAAGAAUUGUUAUCUCAUUUGAAUGAUGCUAAAAUUGGCUUAGGUAAUACCGUUUACGGACCACACUAUAUAGGAGGUCAACCCCACAUCGGACACUCCGUCAUGGAACUUUACCCGGAAGAGGGACUCUUCUCCGUUCAGGGUUACAAAUUCUAUCCAGAGCCAGGUCUUCUCGAACUACUGUUCAGCAAACGCCCCAACUUAGCAGAUGUGACGACAGACGAUAAGAAUAAUUACAAAAAAAAUUCUCGAAUUAAGUUCCGCACACAAGAAGAGGUACAGAGCGAACAUGCGGUAUAA